AUGGCCCGGCCUUUUGAGUCAGCCAAAGACAUCACCGGCAAAAAAGAGUUGUGGAAGAUAGAUGUGAGGGUUGAAUGUUUAACAUUGCAGGGUACCAAUAUUCAAGAUAUAAUACCAGCAUUCUAUAAGGGGGACUUUGAGAGUGCUUUAGCUCCCAAUAAUACUUACACCAUUUCCAACUUCCAAGUACAAAAUAAUGAUAUGCUUUUCAAGGCGUCCGACCAUGGCUAUCUCCUUAAGUUUAUCGGUGGAACAAAAGUUUUUUAUGCUAACAAAAAUACCAUUGGUGAUGGAUCCAUAAACUUCAAACCUUUUGCUGAUAUAAUUUCUAGAAAGUGGAAGAUUGAUCGAUUAAUAGGAUAUACGCAGAGCCAAUGUGGUUCCAAGAAACAACAAGUGAAUGUUAUUUUGAAGGAUUUAUGUAACGACCCAAUCAACUGCACUCUCUGGGAAAGCUAUGCAGUUAAGUUUCUACAAUUUUAUGAAGGUAGGAAAGAUAUGGAUCUGGUUAUAAUUGUACUGAUACUUUAUGUACUACAUUUGGAAAAACAUGAGUUCUUAAGUCUUCGCAACAUGGUAAAAUGGCAACCUAAGUGGAAAACUAUGUCAGUUGUAUCUAUUAUUCCAAAUGACAUGACUGUCAAGAAAUUUUUAUCAAAAUUGGAAGAAGCUAAGCCAAGUUCUACUGAUGUUAAUGAUACUAACUCACAUCAGCUUAAUGAUCCAAACCCAUCUAAUGUUAACGAUCCAAACUUGUUUCAUGUUAAUGACCCCAGUUCUUUUCAGUUUACUGCUUUCUUCUUCAAGUAUUCAGCUCCUUAUAUAGAGAAACAUAAGAGAGACAUUGGAGAAGACUUCUUGCACAAGUGA